ACUGAGAGAGCGGGAGAAAGAUAGAGAGACCUAGUGGGCGUGAGUGUUUGUGUGCGAGAGAGAGAGAGAGAGAGAGUUAACCACUGCCAAAGCCGAUUACAGUUUAUCGGGUGUGUGAUGCUGUCACUGUCUGUCCACUUGAGGGUUCUCCCCCUUGUGCGCGACACGCCUGUCGCUCUCUCCUGCUUGUUAGUUGUUGUUUAUCUAUAGAAGCGCGCUUCUUUGGCGAGCAGCAUGGAUUUAUUAUAGCGCUUGUGGCACUCGGGCAUCUUCACUAUGAGUUCCUCUGCAGAAGCGCUCCCGUCAGCGGGGCAACUUUUCCGUGUGCCACGGCGCCGCUGAGCCGCGCUUCUCCCGGUGGGAAAGUUUACAAGCAACCCCCGAAGACCAUGAGCUCGCGGUGAAAACUCCGACCGUUCCAUUCUCUUCUUCUCUCUUCCAAAACCGUACCAGAUUAAAAAAAAAAAAAAAAUGCAGAAGAGCGUCCGCUACAACGAAGGCCACGCGCUGUUUCUGUCCUUGGUCGCGCGUAAAGAGGGGACCAAGCGCGGAUACCUGAGCAAGAAGACGGCGGAGAACAGCCGGUGGCACGAGAAGUUCUUCGCCCUGUACCAGAAUGUCCUGUUCUACUUCGAGAACGAGCAGAGCGCGCGGCCGGCCGGGAUUUACCUGUUGGAGGGAUGCACCUGCGAGCGCGCGCCGGCGCCAAAGAUGUCCACCACUGGGAAGGAAGCGCUGGAGAAACAGCACUACUUCCUCAUUGUGUUUGGUCACGAUGGACAAAAGCCUCUGGAGCUGCGGACCGAGGAAGAGAGUGAGUGCGACGAAUGGGUGGAGGCCAUCCAGCAGGCAAGUUACUCUGACAUCAUCAUUGAACGAGAGGUGCUGAUGCAGAAAUACAUCCACCUCGUACAGAUAGUGGAGACGGAGAAGGUGGCUGCCAAUCAGCUGCGCACCCAGCUAGAAGAUCAGGACACAGAAAUCGAGAGGCUCAAAGCAGAGAUUGUAGCUCUGAACAAAACUAAGGAGCGAAUGCGACCUUACCAUGUCUACCACGAAAAUGAAGACCCGGAUAUCAAAAAGAUCAAAAAGGUGCAGAGUUUCAUGCGGGGCUGGCUCUGUCGGAGGAAGUGGAAGAUCAUCGUUCAGGACUACAUCUGCUCUCCUCACGCUGAGAGCAUGAGGAAGAGGAACCAGAUCGUCUUCAACAUGGUGGAGGCAGAGACAGAGUACGUCCACCAGCUCUACAUCCUGGUAAACUGUUUCCUCAGACCUCUGAGGAUGGCUGCCAGCUCCAAGAAACCCCCCAUCAGCCAUGAUGAUGUCAGCAGCAUCUUCCUCAACAGCGAGACCAUCAUGUUUCUACAUGAGAUCUUCCAUCAAGGCUUGAAGGCGAGGAUAGCCAACUGGCCAACCCUGGUGCUGGCCGACCUGUUUGACAUCCUGCUGCCCAUGCUGAACAUCUAUCAGGAGUUUGUGCGAAACCAUCAGUACAGCCUGCAGGUUUUGGCCAACUGUAAGCAGAACAGAGACUUUGACAAGCUGCUGAAACAAUAUGAGUCUAACGCCGCCUGUGAGGGAAGGAUGCUGGAGACCUUCCUCACCUACCCCAUGUUCCAGAUUCCCCGCUACAUCAUCACCCUGCAUGAGUUAUUGGCGCACACACCUCAUGAGCAUGUGGAGCGCAAGAGUCUUGAAUUUGCCAAGUCCAAAUUAGAGGAACUGUCCAGAGUAAUGCAUGAUGAGGUGAGUGACACUGAGAACAUCCGGAAGAACCUGGCCAUUGAGAGGAUGAUAGUGGAGGGCUGUGACAUCCUGCUGGACACCAGCCAGACCUUUGUCAGGCAGGGCUCUCUGAUCCAGCUGCCGUCGGUCGAGCGAGGGAAGCUCAGCAAGGUCCGUCUGGGCUCCCUCUCUCUAAAGAAGGAAGGGGAAAGGCAGUGCUUCCUCUUCACCAAACACUUCCUAGUCUGCACACGCAGCUCCGGGGGGAAACUGCACCUUCUCAAGCAAGGUGGAGUUUUGUCCCUGAUUGACUGCACCCUCAUAGAGGAGCCAGAUGCCAGCGACGAGGAAUCUAAAGCCAGUGGUCAGGUGUUCGGUCAGCUGGACUUUAAGCUUGUUGUGGAGCCGUCAGACUCGCCCUCAUUCACCGUGGUGUUGCUGGCACCGUCGCGGCAGGAAAAGGCAGCGUGGACCAGUGAUAUUAGCCAGUGUAUAGAUAAUAUCCGGUGUAAUGGCCUGAUGACUAGUGUAUUUGAGGAGAACUCUAAAGUGACUGUGCCUCAUAUGAUCAAAUCCGAUGUGCGUCUCCAUAAAGAUGAUGUUGACAUUUGCUUCAGCAAGACGCUCAACUCCUGCAAGGUCCCCCAGAUCCGCUACGCCAGCGUGGAGCGGCUGCUGGAGAGGCUGACCGACCUGCGCUUCCUCUCCAUCGACUUCCUCAACACCUUCCUGCACACGUACAGGAUUUUCACCACGGCAACGGUGGUCAUGGACAAACUGGCCGACAUCUACAAGAAGCCCUUCUCCUCCAUACCGAUCAGGGCGCAGUACCACUCAUUUGACCGUCUGUCCAUCUCAUCCAUCUGUCCCGACUACAGUCUGAAGAUCAAGAAGAUAGCCAUGGAUCAGUCCAAGUCCUUGGAGCUGUUCUUCGCCACCAAUCAGAACAACAGAGGUGGCGAGCACACAAACGACAAAUCCCCUCGCCUCUGCCGCAAGUUCUCCUCUCCACCUCCCCUCUCCAUCCCGUCCCGCACCUCCUCCCCAGUCCGAACCCGCAAGCUCUCUCUCCACUCCCCCAUCAGUGCCCGGGUCGGAGGCCUCGACCUAACAAGUCCUCUGUCAAACUCCGGCAUCAACCAUAACACUUCCCAGUCCGCCACCAGUAGCCCCACAUCUGCCCACACACCCCAAACCCCAACGCCUCAGACCCCAACUCCGACUGCCACCUCUCCUCCUCUUCCUCCCUCUUCCACCUCUCCCCCACCCAACAACUCGAAGCCACUGCAAGACCAAUCUCCUGCCACUCCCACGUCCCCUGAUCAGAGUCCCUGCUCGACCGCAGAGGGGGAGGAGGUGCCCAAGAUCGACCCGUUUUGUGGGAAAAUGAGAAGGAGCAUCCGCAGAACUGUGCUGGAGUCGGUGUCACUGGAGAAAAUAAUCCCGGAGUCUCCUCAGAGCAGCGAAGCAGGAGACAUGUCUCCGUGUCGCUCCCCUUCCACACCUCGACAUCUCCGCUACAGACAGCCUGGAGUCCAGUCAGGGGAGAACUCACGCUGCCCCGUCUCUCCUGCUUCAGCGUUUGCCAUCGCUACAGCAGCAGCAGGCCAUGGUUCACCACCAGUGUUUACAAACUCUGAAAGAACUUGCGAUAAAGAUUUCAUCAUUCGCCGAGCUGCGACCAACAGAGUUCUCAACGUGCUGCGCCACUGGGUCUCCAAACACUCACAGGACUUUGAGAUGAACGGGGAGCUCAAGAUGUCAGUGAUCUGUCUCCUAGAGGAGGUGCUCAGAGACCCGGACCUGUUGCCUCAGGAGAGAAAAGCUACUGCCAACAUACUAAGUGCCCUUUCUCAAGACGAGCAGGACGAUGCCCAGCUGAGGAUAGAGGACAUCUUACAGAUGGCGGACUGUCCGAAGGCGGAGUGUUUUGAGUCCCUGUCGGCGAUGGAGCUGGCCGAGCAGAUCACUCUGCUGGACCACAUCGUCUUCAGGAGCAUUCCUUACGAAGAGUUCCUGGGCCAGGGCUGGAUGAAGGUUGAUAAGACGGAACGGACGCCGUACAUCAUGAAGACUAGUCAACACUUCAAUGAUAUGAGUAACCUGGUGGCGUCACAGAUUAUGACCCACACUGAUGUGGGCUCGAGGUCCAGCUCCAUAGAGAAGUGGGUCGCCGUGGCCGACAUCUGCCGCUGUCUCAACAACUACAAUGGAGUACUGGAGAUCACGUCUGCACUCAAUCGCAGUGCAAUCUACCGCUUGAAGAAGACCUGGGCUAAAGUCAGCAAACAGACUAAAGCCCUGAUGGACAAACUGCAGAAGACUGUGUCCUCUGAGGGAAGGUUUAAAAACCUGAGGGAGACCCUGAAAAACUGCAAUCCUCCAUGUGUGCCGUACCUGGGAAUGUAUCUAACAGACCUGGCCUUUAUUGAGGAGGGGACACCUAAUUUCACUGAGGAAGGUCUUGUUAACUUCUCCAAAAUGAGGAUGAUAUCACACAUCAUCAGAGAGAUCCGCCAGUUCCAGCAGACUCCGUACAGAAUAGAGCAUCAAGCCAAGGUGACCCAGUACCUUCUGGAUAAGACUCUGAUCAUGGAUGAAGACACACUCUAUGAUCUCUCGCUGAAGAUCGAGCCCAGGCUUCCUGCCUGAGUCACAGCUGCUCGCAGCCAGUGGGAGCCUGCCUGACCUGGGCCCUAACCCUCCUCCAAGGGCAAACACGCCCACGUAAUCUCAUCAAUCAAGAGAAAAAUUGGGAAGUUUUUAAGAGCAGCAUGGAAAUGGAAUAAAGAGCGCUAAAGACUGAAGUGAGAGAGAAGGAAGCAUGAGAGGUUUACAAGAGACCGAGGGAGCAUGAGAGAGGAUUUCUGAGGACUGGUUGUCUUCACAGUGAACUAGAGGAAAAGGUUUUGGUUGCAGUGCAUGGAGGUCUCUGUGUGGGCUCGUCUUUCCCUGGUCGAGAGUGCGGUGCGCACGACAUCACACUUUCUCCGACGGGCCUGAGAGUGCAGGAAGGGGUUGGAGCAUGUGUGGAAGGACAAAACAGAGAUGUAGCAUAUACAGAUAGUGUGACAGAGAGAUGUCUGUGCUCGUGUCUCUGUGCUGUUGUCUGCGUUCUGUUGCCUGUGCAUUUCCGUGCCAUGUCCCUGGAGCAGCAGCCCCCCAAAAAAUUUGCUUUCUGUCGCGAUGGUCACUGCGUUAAACUUGCAUGAUUUCAGCUUGAGAUUUAACUGUCUAAAUGACCUUCAACCUUCCCCCCUGACCUUCAGCUUAGCAUGCUUCACUCUUUCCCAGAGUGACUCUCUAAGCCACUAUGCAUCCUCAGUGGGCUGGGAGCGGCAAAAUGCCUUGAAGCCUUCAAAUAUAAUGUAGAGAGACUCUAAAAUGAAACACAUGAAAAUUUGAUAUAUUUUGACAAAGUGGCUUAUUUUUCCAUUGAUAAAACAAUUGAUUCUGUAUGUGUCUUCAGUCAGUCUCCGCCUAAAGACUUCCCAUGAGAAUGAAGAGCUCUUUCUUAUUUUAAUGUCCACAUGAAUGAUACAAAAAUUUUAAAAAUUUCAUCAGUGCCUUCCACUAGUGUAGGUCUCUCCCCAAUGAUUGCCAAUUCACACACAUGAAGUCCAACAUAUAAAUCUUAAGGUUUCCUGUUAGAAUCCGACUGUAGUUUCACUCUUUUCUUUUUUUCAGAAUAUAGGUCGUCUGGACUGAACCGUAGCAUGUUAGUGUAAACACAGUAAAGUCAGUGCAGCAUCUUAUCGUAAGCAAAUAUCUCCCUCUAGUGUUUAGACAUUGUUAUAACCUCUAUUGACCCAAAGCUUCUUGCGGCAUUUGUGUGCAGUUUAAUUUCUUCUGCUUUUACAAAUUGUCACAUACUGACGUGUGUAGUCAGGUCCCAGUGUGUAACUCUUGGAUGUAGGCUGGGACAGUUUUUUGCACUCUCUGAGAUGUAGCUUUGCUUGAGUGACAGUAUGAUCGUUAUUUACAUGCUAUUUAUUUCAUCAGAUACUGUAUUUAUCUUAUUUUUGUAUAUAGUGUCUCCACACAUAUCAUAUGAUUGAUGAAUUUGAAUUGUCAUGCUGUGAAUAUAGAUUUUAUUGGGGUUUUUUUUUUUUUGUUCGGUUUUUUCUCUAGUUUUGCAUCCAUGGCUCUUGUAUUGCAAGAAAUCUGUUUAACUUUAUUCUAGAAAAAAAAAGAAAGAAAAGAAGUCUUUUGAAGGUUAAGAAAAUGUAGCAUUUGAAUAAUGAGAAUUUGUUUUUCUGUAUUGCUAAUAUGAUGAACAUAGUUGUCCUGCAUGCACACACAACAGCUGCAUGUUGUGCAUGUCUGAACCAGACGCUCCCUGUACGUUGUCCCUCUGCUUCUCUAUAUUAAUAUUGUCUCUGUAGCUGUCGGGAGACUCUGCUUAAAGGCGUAGAAACAAUAUUUGGUCCAUCGAAUCUGGCACGUUUGUCUCUUAGUGUACCUCACAACAUCACCAAAAUAAUCUUUAAGCUAUGUCAUCUGCAAAAGUAGCAGUGUUGGAAGUCAUGCACGCCUCAGUGAAAACAGAACUUUCCUCAUGAAACAGUUGUUCCAGAUUGACCCAGAGGAAAUGUUUCCAGGCUUUGCUUUCGGGACAACUUGUCCUUUGCGCUGCGUCUGUAACUCUGAGUGGCUGUUUCACACACAGGUUUGAGACUACAGGAUGCUGUGUUUGUAUUGUAAUAUCAUCUGUGUGUAUUUGUUUGCAUUUUUCACUUGUAGGUGCAGGGGAAAUAAAUUCAACAUGCCU